GAGUUUGAUGAGUUUGCGUUGCCGACUGCGAAACAACUUUUGUUGGCUUCGUCUCUAUCUGUUAUUUCGGAGAGUGGUGUACGCGUGCGGUUUGGUGAUGUUUGGGAGAAGGACAGGACAGUGGUUAUUUUUAUCAGACAUUUUAGGGCGUCUGCUUGCCAGGACUACAUCCGAUCCAUUGCAUCCGAAGUUGAUGUGGAAGCUUUGGAGAAGGCGGGGUUGAAGAUUGUGAUCGUUGGGAUGGGGUCGCCAACAUUGAUCACACCUUACAGAGAACUCACGGGUACAACCUUCCCAAUCUUCACCGAUCCAACACUUUCGGUGUACAGAGCGCUGGGGAUGAACCUCCGCUCAACAGAUCGCGGGUCCGCCGCCGAACGGGGCCACUACAUCGCUUCGCGUGGUGGGGCUCUGGGGAGCUUGAAACGGACUUUACAAGGUGCGAAGCGCCUUCCGUUGUUUGAGCGCGGGGGUGAUACGACGCAGCUUGGAGGGGAAUUCAUACUCGGUCCGGGGGCGAGUACGUGUGUGUAUGCGCAUAGGAUGCGAACUACGCGUGCGCAUGCGCCAAUUUUGGAUGUGGUGGAGGCGAGUGGGGUG